AAAGAUCGAAAUCGACGAAUCUGCCACCUUUACCAUUCCGCAUAAGUAAAUCUAUUCACAUGCACGCGGAUUGAAACUAAACAGUGGACAAAUUGAAAGACUGGCAUUCAUGGGGCGUAGCACAAGUGGCAUACGUUUUUCUUUUAAGGCAAUUCAAGCAAUUUAAGUUAACUUAUCGAAAGUACAAUUACAAAAGUCAAGACGCGUCUAUGACAGCCAUCGAACACGUAGUUACCUUUUUAUUGUUUCACGUGAUUUGCAGUAGCGGAGGAAAGGGAAAGAGAGGCUACAAAACUCUGUUUAACGUUUUAUAUGUGUUGUCUUGUUUUUAAGAAGGUACAGUUUGGACGAUGUCUGGCGGACUUGUAACUAAAAGGUCAUUGCAGAAUGAGGUAACUGGCAUAGACCUUCAGGUCCCUCUUUACAAUGAGGUCCGGGGGACCAUGAUGACAGGCCAUGUUGAAUACCAGAUCAUUGUGGUGACACGGUUGGCUGCCUUCAAGUCUUCAAAACAUAAACAAGAAGAUACUAUACAGCUGCUGGUUUCAAAGAAGUACAGUGAAUUCAAUGAAUUUUACAACCGACUUCAUGCCCAAUAUUCAAGUAUCUCCUUGCCUGCAAUGCCUCGGAAAGUUCUAUUUGUCAGUGAGGCAGACAUCCGCGAACGCAGGUUGGCCUUUGAUGCGCUGGUCAAGUUCAUCUCCAAGAACUCAACACUUGCUGCAUGUCCAGAGCUACUGGAGUUCUUAGGUGCCAAAAUGAAUGGAAAUGAUUUUAGUAACAGGAAUUCUGCUAUUGAGGAAGACUCAGAAAACGAGGUCAGUUUCUUUCAAAGAGAAGAAACCUCCACUGGUGUUCCAAGAGAAGAUAGAAGUGAUAUGAAGCCUAUUAAUGGGGAUGAACAAGACUCCACAGAGCAGGGGAAUGUCAAGCACCAUAGCCAGAAGAACUUGCUUCCAGAAGACAACAGCAGUGAUGUGAAGCUGCUUGAGGAGCCAGAGCUGGGGGCAUCUCUGUUGCCCCCAGCAAGGGCAUCUCUGUUGCCCCCAGCAAGGGCUUCUCUGCUGCCCCCAGCAAGGGCUUCUCUGCUGCCCCCAGUUUCUCUGCUGCCCCCAGCAGGGGCAUCUGCUGGUUGUGGUGCGGAUGAUGAUGCAAAUGAACUAUUCAGGAUAGAGGAUGACUUUGACAAACUUCUCCAAAUCAAGAAAUGUAUCAAAGAUGAGCUAACCUCAGUACCAAAGACAAAUCCAAAACCAGCACUGUUUAAGAAGCCAGAAACUUCUAUCUCUAGUGGGGGUCAAUCUCUGAUUGUAGAUCAGUUAAAGGAUCAAAUUGAUGUUUUAAAAUACAUCCAAGAGAAUGAGUCAACUGCUGCUAAUGAUCUGGAACUGUUUUAAUAUCUGUUUUAAUGUUCAAUAUUAACUGACUAUGCUGAUUGGAGCUGUGGUAUCGAUUGAUAGUGGCAAGAAUAAUACUCAUGGACCAUUUAAUAAUAUAUGAUAUGAUAAUAAUAUACUAUAUGAAUGCUUCACCAUUUAAUAAUAUAUAUUAAAAUACCUUUCCUAUUAUUUUCAGAAAUGGCUGGCACAGUUCUCAAUUUCCUAAUAGUGUUCUUGUUUUCAUAAUAGUUGGAUCCCAGCUCUGAACUAAGUGUCUUCAGCUGGGAUCUAGAUGUCCAGUCUGGUCCUCUUAUGGUCUUCCAUAUAGAAAAUAGCAGCAUUAACUCAAUAAGAUGAACAUGGGCAAGGUAUACAUAGAAACAAAGUGGAAUGCUCUUCAUUCAAUUAGAGACUUUGUUGAUGGUUCUAUGUGCCUGCUUGCAAGCAUAAUUAAACUGAAGACACUGAUUUGUGAGCCUUUAGUAGAGAAAUUUCCACCACGGGGGUCUAAAAUGUAUCCCCACAGUAACCUAAAUAUAUAUUUUAUAUUUUAAUUAUCUUCAUAAUUGUUGUCGUAACCUGACGGAAACUGGUAAUCAGAAGGCAGUUUCCCUGCCUAUAAAAUGAAUAGUCAAUACUUUAUCAAUACAUUCAUAUUUAGCCAUGACAAUUGGGCUUACAGCUGUGCUAAGUGGUUUAAUUCCACAUUGGUUUCGUAUCCUAGUGAUAAGUAAUCAGCUGAGUAUUUUCCAAAACAGUCACACAUGCUCUAGUGUUGCCGUCGGGUAAUAGUUUCAAUAGGCUGAAAUAAUUAUACCGCACACCGAUUUAUACAAAUUAUUAUAACUAUUUGCAAACAUAAUCUUUAAACGUGAGUUGAUGAAAGAUGGUGCAGGCCCAAUCUCACGAUUGUUUAGUAAAAGCUACAAACAAGUAGAGUAGAAGAAGCCACAGAAACGCCCCAGGACAUGAAGGCUGUUCAGAGAAAAAGAUAGCAGCAGGGAGGAUCACUGGUGUUGAGCUAUCACAUCAGCAACCUGCAAAGGUGGUUCUUAAACUGCAGACCAUUUAACCUAUGCAGCAUACUGUAAUGCU